UGAUGGACCUCAGUUAGUGUGUGACGUUCACUGAUGUUGUCAAGUCCAAUCUGUCUGUCCUGUGUGCAAUGAACUGCUCUGUUUUAAGACGUAAAUAAAAAUUUACACUCUAGACAUACGGAUUCAAAAUAUCACGAGAUUCAAAAAUGUAGUGACAAGUUAUUACGAACUUGGUGAAGCGUCACUACUGAAGAAAUUUCUAGAAUAAUUCUCAACUAUGGGCCUUCCCGUAGUCAAGGAGUCUUGCUGUGGAUGUACCCUGGAGACUGGGGCGAAAAUCAUCGGUUAUGUACAUUUGAUUCUAAGCUUGAUGGGACUGCUGAUGAUUGGAGUGAUACUGGGCUCAAUUCUGACCGAUGAAUCAAUUCAAAAAUCCGACAAACCUGUCCUGCCAACAGCUGUUCCUCCUGACGAACGUCUAUUCAUAUCUUAUGAACUCA